CUGGCAGCGGUUUGUGUGAUGUUCUUGCUUGUUGUUGAUGGUCCUCUCAUUAAUGCAGGAGUUAAUCUGGUAACCAAAGUGUCACCCGCGCGCAAAGCGCUCUUGCCGCUUGAAAAAAUGCGGAAGUGCCUGUUUUAAUGGUUUUGCGUUUAUUGCUUGCGGCGCUGCAACGAUCAUGGGCGAAAUUCAGAAUCUUGAUCUUCAUCAAUGCUAUCGAGGAAGAUCCCUUUGUUCCUUGUGCGACAACUAUUAAGCAGUACGUGUUACCAGAAAGGUAUUUUAAAGUCGAACAAUGGCUUGGUCUCCCGGAAUUUCAAUACGUACCUCAGAAGAAAUUAAAGUUAUUAGUCUUACCCUUCUUGUCGUCGGAGGGAGGCAGUGGCAGACGUAGAAUCUCUCGCAGGCUGAAGCUGGUGUUUUUCAACAAGAAUAAAACACGAUGGGUUACUUCAGCUACAUCAACCCGGAGAACUCAUCGGACUGCGACUCCGAUUUCUUUGACUGGGACUCCGACGAGUCUGGCGACUCCGAUCUGAACGAGGGGGAGCUGCUCUGCGGCGCCGACUUCUCGAGCAAGAAGCAAGUAGCCUUUCAGAUUCUCGGCGAAGAAAAAGCAAAGCGGAAAAGGCAAGAAUGGAAAGACGCGCAGCUGAAAAAGUCCAAGAAAAAGCCUGCGUUGGGCCCCCUCCGGCCGGGAAAUAAGCAAGUGCAAGGUCGAAACCAGAUGAAAAAGACAGUUGCGAAGAACAAUGACAAAAAAACCAUCAAGGGGGACAGCUUGAAAGGAGGAAUGAAGAAGGACCUCCCCUACAACACCCCUACGUCUUCGGCUUCUUCCUCGUCCUCGGCAGGUGCUGCUGGCACAAGCAAAUCCGCAACCGGGGCCGGCGCAGGAGCUUCCAAAAACCUGCCUGGUUGUAAACAAGGAAAGCAGUCUGCUGCAUCGUCUUCUCGUUCUGCAGUGUCUGGACAAGUAAGCACAACACCGAGUUCCACUUCGGCGGCUUGAUCUCGAAGUCGAGCGAGGCACGCGUGUUGUUAGUCAAGUUCCUUGAGCUUGAAGAUUUACUUGUUGCGUUCCACUUACAUUUUUACGGAAGUGGCAUGUUGUAAAAGCCCAAUCUAGAACACGCAGGCAUGGAGUUGUUGGAGCAAGACACGAGGUUCCUUGGCCCAAAAUUUUCAUCCUCAGAAAGUGCCUAC